AUGACCGCCUUGACUCUCGAAUCGAUGGGUGCCCUUCUCGACCAGAAGUUCGAAUCGAACCUGGCCCCAAUCAAAGCGGAGCUCAAGACGUUAACGGAGCGUGCGGAUAAGACGGAUAACAGGUUGGACACCCUUGAGAAGAAGAUGGAGUCCGGCCAAUCCUCCAGUGCAUUCUCGCUUUCUAACGUUGAGAUUCAGAAUUUAUGCGACAUCUGCGAGAAGCGUGCGACUGGGCCCACGCGGGAGGAGGCUGACGCUAUACAUGGCAAGUUUGUGGAGUUGUUGCCGGUUCCCUUGCAGAACAUGGUGGGCCCCGUGGAGACUUUUGGCAAUCGUUUCUGGAAGGUGCGACUGCACAUCACUCAACCACACGCCUUGGAAGUUGGACUGUCGUUCAAGGGGCUCGUCCAGGACAGCGCGCUGCACCACAAGGGUCGCGAGCUCUAUGCGACUGUGGAGCGGGACCCGCCUCAACAGAUAAUGUACUCCACGGGAGGGCGAGCGAGGGCGUUCUUGGAGAGGAAAGCGAAGGCCACAGACCCUGGGGCCACAGCGGCAUGCUCCUGGCGCCCGGACUGGGAGCUCACCGUGAAGAAUACGCAGGGCGUAGAAGUCAAGUUCGGGAACAUCGACGACGAGGGGAAGGUGAUGUGGGACCCAGCGGCGGCGAACCCGCACUUCGGGUUGACGCCGGAGGUUCUGCAGAAGGAGCUCCGGGCGUUCCGGGACUCGCGAGGCGGCAGCGCCGGAUACUCGGGUGUGCAUGGUGCAAGUUACAGCUGGAACACUGCAAGAGGGGGCUUGCAGCCGUUGCGAAGAUUCGCAAGGCUCUCCGGAGGCUUGCUGGGGAUUUCUUCGGGUGCUUACUGGUGUGGUGCCGUGGUGGGCAAUUUUAUAUACAUGUCGGUGCAUGAAUUGGACCAUACUGAGGAAGAUGGGCGGGCGGACCGAGCAUUUGAAGAUACCAGCCGGCACGUUCAACGAAUUCGUCAUAGAUAUGUUGGCAUACAUUUGAGGCCGUUCUUGGAGUUGAUGCGAACGUACAAUUUUCUUUGA